AUGGUCUUACACUACUGCUUAAUCGGGGUGCUUAUGCCACUCUCAUUGCUAAUUGCACAAGCAACUGCAACAACAGAUGGAGCUCCAUUAGCCCGCCCUAACUGCCCUGACAACUGUGGUAAUCUCACAAUUCCAUACCCAUUUGGGGUUAGAGAAAAUUGUUACUUGAACUCUUCCUUUUUUAUCAAUUGUACUCGUGACGAAUCCAGGGAACCCCAAAUAGUACCAUAUUGGGGAAAUAGUGGCAUCAUUGUUUCUAACAUCUCACUUGAAGAGGCUGAGCUGCAAAUAUUGCAGUUUGUAGCCAAAGAUUGUUAUAACCAGCUGGGCAACCAAACCUACAACAACAACCCUUGGUUUUCAGUGCCUCCUUUCACCAUCUCCCAUGCCAAAAACAAGUUCAUAGCUGUUGGCUGUGACACCAUUGCUAUUUUCCAAGGCUACCGCGCUUUCCCAAAUGACCAAGAAAGUUACUUGGCCGGGUGUAUGUCCUUAUGUGAUAGCCUUGACAGCAUUGAAUAUGAGGACUCUUGCUCCGGAAUUGGGUGCUGCCAAACUAACAUCCCCAGUGGGCUGCAAAAUCUAACUGUGACAUUGUCUAGCACUUACAAUCAUACCAAAAUAGUAGGGGACUUGACCAACUGCAGUUACGCUUUCCUUGUGGAAGAAACACAGUUCAAAUUCUCCAAUUCAAGUUUUCAACAACUGGAGAGCAUAACAGAACUUCCAGCGGUUCUUAAUUGGGCAAUUGGGGACGAUCCAGAUCCAUGUAAUACGGCUCAAAAGAGGAAGGAUUUUGCAUGUAAAUCAAGUAGCAAGUGUGUCAACCUGGUCGGUCGCUCUGCUGGUUACAUUUGUCAGUGCUUGCAGGGCUACCAUGGCAACCCAUAUCUUCCAGAUGGCUGCGAAGAUAUUGAUGAGUGCAUGAUCACGAGCCCCUGCAGUGGGACGUGCAUAAAUGUACCUGGAAAUUAUACCUGUGGAUGUCCACAAGGGUACAAAGGCGAUGGCAUGAAAAAUGGAACCGGUUGCACCAAAGAGAAUCCCAUUCAAUCAAAGAACCGUAGUCUUCUGCUUAUUCUUUCAAUGAGUAUCGGUGUAGGCCUCUUAGUUUUACUGGUUGGAAGUUCAUGGCCGAUAUAUUGGGGAAUAAAGAAACGAAAGUACAUCGAACUUAAAGAGAAGUACUUCAAAGAAAAUGGCGGCUUACUGUUACAACAACAACUUGCUAGUUAUCACGGGGUUGAGAGCGUAGAGACGACCAAGAUUUUUACUGCAGAAGAACUAGAGAAGGCCACAGACAAUUACCAUGAGAGUAGAAUUCUUGGUGAAGGGGGUUAUGGAAUCGUUUACAAAGGAAUACUUGCAGAUAAAAAAGUGGUUGCCAUAAAGAAGUCAAAAGUUGGUGUCCCAACCCAGAAAGAGCAGUUUGUUAAUGAGAUUGCAGCUGAAACUGCAGGAGCAUUGGCAUAUUUACACUCCUCUACUUCCACACCAAUCAUACAUCGAGAUGUGAAAGCAAUGAAUAUACUGUUAGAUGACAAUUACACGGCAAAAGUGUCGGAUUUUGGUGCUUCGCGCUUAGUUCCUAUGGAUCAAACUCAAGUAACAACUCUAGUGCAAGGGACACACGGAUACUUAGAUCCUGAAUACUUCCAUUCUAACCAACUAACACAAAAGAGUGAUGUCUAUAGUUUUGGAGUUGUCCUGAUGGAGCUACUAACAAGCAAAGUAGCGCUUUCUUUUGCCAGGCCUGAGUCAGAGAGAAACCUAGCAAGCUUAUUUGUUUGUUCAAUGAAGGAAGAUGGCUUGAACCAAAUUUUGGACGAUACCCUAUUCAGUGAAGGAAAUAUUGAGACCCUAAAAAAUGUAGCGAAUCUCGCCGAAAGAUGUGUCAGUUUAAAAGGGGAGGAAAGACCUACCAUGAAAGAGGUAGCCUCAGAGCUAGAGGGGAUGAGAAUAAUGGCAAAGCAUGCAUGGGAAAGUUCUAAUUUCUGUCCUGAAGAGACUGUGCACUUGCUCGGGUCACCUUCAAACACGAAUUCUGUGGAUGUUAGAGGCGAUUGUGGUUCUAGUACUACUGGUGCAACUUAUGGGCAUGACAGCAUGCAAAUCCAAAUGUUAAUGUCAUAUAAUGAUGGGAGAUAA